UCUCUCUCCCCCCCUCCUCUCUCUCUCUCUCCACCUCCGGCGGGGGGCCACGGGGAGCGCCCCCGCCUCGCACGACGCCCCCGCGCCCAUGGCCAGCGGCAGCCCCGCCGGGAUGGCCAGCGGGCAGCCGCCCUUCCUGCAGCCCGCCUGCUUCUUCGCCGCCGCCGUGGCCGCCGCCGCCGCCGCCGCUCCGCCGGGGCCGCCCCCGGGGGCGCCGCCGCCGCCGCUCCCGCAGCUGAGCCCGGCGGGCGGGCGGCCGUCUCCCGGCGGGAAGCCCUCCGCGGCGCGGGCCGCCAAGCGGCAGCGCUCGGCCUCGCCGGAGCUGAUGCGUUGCAAGAGGCGGCUCAACUUCAGCGGCUUCGGCUACAGCCUCCCGCAGCAGCAGCCCGCCGCCGUAGCGCGGCGCAACGAGCGGGAGCGCAACCGCGUCAAGCUGGUGAACUUGGGCUUCGCCACGCUCCGCGAACACGUCCCCAACGGCGCGGCCAACAAGAAGAUGAGCAAAGUGGAGACGCUGCGCUCCGCCGUCGAGUACAUCCGCGCCCUGCAGCAGCUGCUCGACGAGCACGACGCCGUCAGCGCCGCCUUCCAGGCCGGCGUGCUGUCUCCCACCAUCUCGCCCGGUUACUCCCACGACAUGAACUCCAUGGCGGGUUCCCCCGUCUCCUCCUACUCCUCCGACGAGGGUUCCUACGACCCGCUCAGCCCCGAGGAGCAGGAGCUGCUCGACUUCACCAGCUGGUUCUGAGCCGGCCCCGGCAGGUGGGUGCGCGAGGACGACCGGGGAGGGGGUUCCGACGCUCCCCGACGGCUCUCUUUUCCCGUCGGUUCUCUCCCCGGCGCGGCUCUGACCUCCUCUCACUCUUGUCGUUUCAGGACGCUCGCGAAAGGGGAGAUAAGCGACUCUCCCGCAGCCACGCUCGCAGAGCACCCCGCCGCCGGCCCACCACCAACUGUUGCGUUUUCCUCUCCCCUGCCGUCGGAGGGCGGUGCGGGCACGGCUCUCGGCGGGCGGCUGCGUCCCCGCGGGGCGGGCGGGGCGGCCACCCUCAGUCCGGAGGCCCGAACCCCGUUCUGUGCCCCGCGGUGGCCCCGAGGAGCCCUUUCCCUGCUGCCUGUCUCUUCCGUGCGGCCGCUCCGCGCUCUCUGGACCACGUUUCCCGGUGUUUGUGGAGAUGUCAAGAUGAAGCUAUGCUGUACUCAAAGAACCCCCUCCUCCCCCUUCCCGACCCGUUCCAGAGUCUGCCUCCCUCCGACCUUUUUUAUUUUUAUCAUAAAAUGCUUCCAAUUUUUUUUUUUAAUUAUUUUGGUGAAUUUUUUUUAUUAUAAGAAAAUCUAUUUGUAUCCUCCCUGACCAGUUUGGGGAUAUAUUAAGCUAUUUUUGUACAUAAGAGAGAGAGAUUUAUAGAGGUUUUGUACAAAUGGUUUAAAAUGUGUAUAUCUUGAUACGUUUUUUAAUACACGAUGCUUUUACCUCUCGGUGUGUAGACGUGCGGUCGGCGUUACUUUCCCGCUGCCAUCUCAGUCUGUGCUUUUGUUGAGGCCUUGGACUCCCUCCAGCUGUACUUUAGCACCGACGUGUCUUACUUUAUAGAAACUUUGUUAAUGUAUUAAUAACGUUAUUAAACCGUGUUCCGAGGGAACGACGUUUAUGCAGCUAUUGUCCAAACGCAGAAGGGCAGCCAUCUGUUUUUGUAUGCUGCCUUUUGGGGGAAAAAAAACAACAACAAGUGAUAAUACUACAAAUAAGGAAACAACUGGCCCUGCUGGCACUGCCUUUUUCGUAUUGCUCUAUGACAAGCUCACCAGGCCCUGUAUAACCCUGUUUUAUACAAACUAGUUUCAUAAUAAAACUUUUUUUAAUUGAAACGCUUGGCUGCCUGCUGCACGUACUUCUGUUUUGCCACUGACAACAGUGAAUGUAAGGAUGAAAUGUUGAAGGAUCCAGUGGCAGAGCUGAGCUAUCUAUGAAGUGUUUGUAUCUGAUAGAUGUACUGUGUAUGUCUUUUAUAUAAAUAUGCAAAGAUAGAGCGGUAUCACUAUUGCUUUCUUUCCCUUCUGUGCAAUCCCAACCCAAGAGGUGAUGGAUGCUGUGUCACCCUCUGCAUGUCCCCCAAGGGAUGAAGCCCCAAAAUCGGGUGCUGCACCCUGUGCUGGCCUGGCUGCGUACAUAGAGCAGAGGGAGGAGGGGGAGGAAGGCAGGGUGCAAGGGGAGAAAAUAAAUAAAUACCGUAGUAGG